CAAUCUCCGACACCUUAGUCUUGGCCGCAUCGUCAAGUAUCCCGACAAAAGAUGGUACAAGCAAAUGUGCCCCGACUUGGUGUCUGACACCAUCUCUGUCCUCCACGUGAGCCAUCUCUCAAUGGAGGGCGUCAAGACGAGGCUGCCUCGCUUGGAAGAACUGGUCCUACACCGAGUCCAAAAGAGCGAAGAAUUCGCGAACGAGCUAAUGCUGAGCUGCCCGGCACUCCGGCGCGUGGAGCUGAUCGACUGCUCCCGCUCCAAGGACCUCCUCAUCUGUGGACCGAAGCUCAAGACUUUCGAGGCAUCGGCCAUGUUUGAGAAGGAAAACCUUUCGAUUUCAAUAUCAGCCCCAAACCUCAUAUCCUUCAGCUACAUAUCGUGUUCCACCAUGCCCUACCCGGAUGAGGAGUUGUCAGCUCUCCAAGUACAUGGCACCAGAAAUCUGAGGGAGCUUGCUCUGGAUCUGUGCAUGGUCGGAAUGGGGACCAUCAGAAAAGCGGUCUCUCAGCUUCACCUCCUAGAGAACUUGAGGCUCAAGGGGAGCCCGUCCGCCGAGCGCAUUAGGAUAACUCACAAGAAUCUCAAGCACCUCGCCUUGACUGGAUUCAAGACCAUCGCCUUGACUAGAUUCAAGUCUCUGAUAAGAGUAAAGACCCAAACUCCUAAUCUCGUGUCGUUCCAAUAUGACGGCCCCAACAUCCUGGUCAUUGGUCCACAAGAUUCGACAACAUUGGCCAAUGCGAGACUGGAGGUGGAUUUUGGAGUCCGCGACAAGAGGAGGAGCUAUCUCAAGGCAGCCAAGUUCCUAAGGUAUUUCGGCCGUUGCGACUCGUUAACACUGAUUUGUAAGGAAGUCAAGGCAUUGGUUCUUCCAGAAGAAAUUAAAAGUGAAAUGCUUCCUCCAUUGUGGAAUGUCAAGCAUCUAAGACUUCACAUCCUAUCCAACACUACUGGAGAUGUUGAUACCAAUUCUCGACUAACGGAAAGCUUAAGGUGGAUGUCUCCUAAUUUAGAGACGCUGGUCAUUAGCUCCUAAUCUUGCCAUCUAGACCCCGUAGCAACAAGUACUCAAGAGCGAAAACAACAAGUACUCAAGAGCGAAAAAGGGCGGUGGUGGCUGCCAGCAUUCUCGACGAGGAAAACUCGUCUAGGGACCACUAUCAACUGCUUUCACUAUUUUCCUUUUUUUUUUUUAAUGUUAGGCUUGCGUUUCUUUCAAUUUAUAUAUGGCCAAGCAAUGCAUGACUAAGAAAGACAAAAAAAAACUCAUCUAGCGACCACUAUCAAUCGUUUUCACUAUUAUCCCUUCUUCUUCUUUUAUGUUAGGCUUGUCUUUCUGAACUCAUCUAACGACUACU